CCAUUUAAAUCUUAUAAUAGCAUCAGUAGUAAUGCUACUUGGAUGCAGUUAAGCUUUUGCUUCUAAAGUUACUAUAGCCUUGAAGUAGAACAAAGAAGGAGCUCUUUACUUUCCAGUAUUAUACGGAUCUUAAAAAUGUGAAAUCAAUGUCUUUCCUGUAUUCAACCAAGACUGCUUAACAUUAUUUCUAGUUCUUCUAACUAAACUAACCUCUGUGGAGCUUAAUAUAUUGGUGUUGAUAAUUACACUAAGUAACCUAACUAUUCUACUGAAUUUUAAUUAGUAAAAUUAGGUAAAAUGUUAGUGAUGAUAUGGUUGUUGGAAGUCUUGAAAUAGGAGAGCCAGAUGCAUCUUUGAUUAAUUAAGAUUAUUCUAUUGUUGAAUUAGCAGUCUACACUAUUCCUGAUAAAAAAUUUUACAGUUCUUAUUGUAGAGGAGCUGUCUAUUUAAGCUAUGCACUAGGAGCACAUGUUUAUGCACAUUUUAACUUAGAUUCUCCUUUCACUUAACUUCCAAGCGAAUCUAGUUAUAUAAGUUCAACUUCUAAGCAUGCCGAUAUGUUUUUAUCAUCAGUUGAUUAAUUAUAACCUCUCUACAUCUACCUCUAAAAUAGGUAUGGAAAGAUUUACACAAUUACCCUAUAACCUUAUUAAAUUUACAGAUAACUACCCAGCGGCAAAUAUUAGCUAUUAAUUUAAUAAUAAUCAGAUGAUCUUAACUAUAUUGCAUUUGGUAACACUAUAUUUGACACUUAUUAUAUUGAUUUGAUUUUUAAAAUCAAUCAGUUCAAAUAGUAGAAAAAGCCUAAAAACAAAAAACAUCAAACUUUAGAGGGUAGUAAAUCAUGUAAUGAAAAACUAAUAUAAAAUAUGUAUGAUAUAACUAUAAUAUUUUUCAUAAUAAAAGUGUAUGUUUUUUUUGGCAGGACCUAUAUAAACAUAAAUUAUGAAAAAAAUAAAAUGAAUUAAAAAAUAAAGUUAGAGAAAUGA